GCAGAGCGGAGUGACGUACAGACGCACGCCGAUUUCCCGGGCGUGCGUCAUCUCCUGGCGACAGCAGCAAUCCUGCUUCGCGCCAAGGAGUUGAACGUUUUCAUCACUUCUCUGACAUCUUAACUGACUAUAAACAGCGAGAAAAGCUCUGCAUAAUGGACAUCAGGCGGUUCUUUCAGCCGACUGUAGCCAAGCCUGCUGUGCAGAAACCAGCCUCAAAUGGAAACAUCAAAACAGAGGAGAAGACGACGAGAAAGAAGAACCCCCUCUCUUCAGACGAGGAAGUGAAAAAGAAGAAAGAGACCGCCAAGGUAAAAAGCUCCAAGUCAGAGGAGAAACGCAAGGAUGGUGAGAAAAAACGAAAGAAGCACGCAGUCAUAGAAUCAGACUCAGAGGAUGAGGAUGUGAAGAAGUCAAAGAAAUCCCCCAAAGCGAAACAGAAGAUGAACAAGACAGAGCCCCCUCCCAAAAAAGAUCCUGUGCAGUAUGUCUCUGAAACAGAUUCAGACAGUGACAACUUUCAGACCUUGAAGAAAGCGUCCAAACCCAAGCAGAACGGCACAGCAAAACAGACAAAGUCAGAUGCAGCAAGCGGAGGGGCCAAAGAAAGUCUGAAGUCUCCUGUCAGACCAACAUCCACCCAGGGGAAAACUGCAGUCAAGUCUCCUGUCACCCCUAAGACGGCCCCGCCUCCUCAGCCCAAACAAACCCCGACCUCAGUGCUCGACUAUUUUGGCAGCACAGCCAUUCAGCGCUCGGAUAAGAAGCUCGUAGCCAGCACCAAACGAAAGGCUCCGACUCAGGACACAGAUGAUCUGAGUGACGAGCAAAUUGCCAGAGCGCUGCAGAUGGAUGAGGAGAUGGAGCUGGAGAAGCAGGUCCAUGAGGAUGAGGAGUUUGCCAGAACACUGGCCAUGCUGGAUGAAGAGCCUCAAGCGAAAAAGGCUCGUAAAGGCUCAGAUGAAAAACCAGCCCCUGCCGAACUUCCCAAAAAGAGCAGUACAGACUCCGCUGCUACCAGCAAGAGCAGCCUGUCAAAGACCAAUCAAAGGGGCGGCGCGCUGGAGGAUGUGAUUAGUCCGUCUCCUAAGAAGAACCAAGCUCCCGUCAAAACCAGCUCCAAACUGGCCAUGAUGAAGAAAAGAGAUGAAGAGAGAAAUGAAGGGCAGAAGAGCAAAACACCACUUUCACCUGCUAAAAUUAAAAUCUCUCCCAAAAAGGAGCCUGUCACUUCGAUCUCAGACAUGAAGUUCACACCUAAAACAGGAACCACGCCCACGGCAGUUAAAAUUUCUCCCAAGAAACCAGAGAGCACAAGUACGAGUCCUGAUGACGCAGAGAAGAAGAAGUUUAACACUUCUGCUUACAGGAACUACCUCAACAGAGACGGGCCAAGAGCUCUGGGCUCCAAGGAAAUUCCACAGGGUCAAGAGAACUGUCUGGAGGGCUGUGUGUUUGUGGUGACAGGGGUCCUGGAGUCCAUGGAGAGGGACGAUGUCAAAUCCCUCAUUGAGCGUUAUGGAGGCAAGGUGACUGUUAGUAUCAGCAAGAAGACGACCUACCUGGUGCAGGGCAGAGACAGCGGAGUCUCGAAGCUCGAGAAGGCGGAGAGUUUCGGCACCACGAUCCUGGAUGAGGAUGGUCUGUUGGAGCUGAUCAGAACCAAACCGGGAAAAAAGUCCAAAUACGAGAUUGCUGCAGAGGCUGAGAGCAAAGCCUCAAAGACCAGGACACCUCCUAGCAAGACCUCAAAGAGCACCCCCAGAGCCCAGAAGAUAUCUCCCUCUAAGGGUAAUUCCAGGUCUCCUCACACCCCGAGCCCUUCAAAGACCGGCCUGGUUCAAGGCCACGCUGCCAGGACCAAAAAUGGUGGCACUCCACCUGGGAGAGGCUCAGGUCACACAGCCCGGAGGGGGCUGGGCCUCUCCUCCUCCUCUUCAUCGUCAGCCCCUACAGCUUCAUCACCAACACCAUCUGGAGAGAGUCUGCUGUGGGUGGACAAGUACCGCCCGCUCUCUUUGAAGACUGUGAUUGGCCAGCAGGGAGACCAGAGUUGUGCCAAUAAGCUGCUCCGCUGGCUGCAGAACUGGUACAAACAUCACAGCGGGGGUGCCUCCAAGCCCGCAGCUGCAAGGUUCGGUAAGUUUGGAGGAGGUAAAGAUGAUGGUUCAGGAUUCAAAGCUGCUCUGCUCUCCGGACCGCCGGGAGUGGGGAAGACCACCACAGCUGCCCUGGUCUGUGAGGAGUUGGGCUUCAGCUAUGUGGAGAUGAACGCCAGCUGCACUCGCAGCAAAAACAGCCUGAAGGAAGUCAUCGCUGAGUCACUUAACAACACCAGCAUCGAGAACUUCUACAAAGGCACGUCUCAAACAGUGUCCAGUAAACACGUCCUGAUCAUGGAUGAGAUCGAUGGCAUGGCUGGCAACGAGGACCGUGGAGGGAUUCAGGAGAUGAUCAGCCUGAUCCGAAACACAAAGAUUCCCAUCAUCUGCAUGUGUAACGAUCGUAACCACAUGAAGAUCAGAUCACUGGCCAACUACUGCUUCGAUCUGCGCUUCCAGAGGCCGCGGGUGGAACAAAUCAAGGGAGCCAUGAUGUCCAUCGCUUACAAGGAGGGAAUCAAGAUCCCGCCCCCAGCUCUUAACGAAAUCAUCCUAGCCUCCAAUCAGGACGUCCGACAGGUGAUCCACAACCUGAGCAUGUGGUCGUCCAAAGAUAAGCUGAUGACAUACGACCAGUGCAAGUCUGAUGCAGCCAAAGCUCGCAAAGACAUGAAGAUGGGGCCAUUUGACGUUUGUAGGAAGGUGUUCGCCGCAGGGGAGGAGACGGCCAACAUGAGCCUCAUCGACAAGUCGGACCUGUUCUUCCACGACUACUCGCUAGCACCGCUCUUUGUCCAAGAGAACUAUCCACAUGUACGGCCAAGGGCUGCCGGUAAUGAUCUGAAGUCUCACCUGGUGUUGCUCAGCAAGACGGCUGACUCCAUAUCUGACGGAGACCUGGUGGACAGACAGAUCCGCUCCAGGCAGAACUGGUCGCUGUUGCCCACCCAGGCGAUCUAUGCCAGCGUGCUGCCAGGUGAGCUCAUGAGAGGCUACAUGAGUCACUUCCCCACCUUCCCCAGCUGGCUCGGAAAAAACUCCUCCACCACUAAACACUCUCGCAUCGUCCAGGAGUUGGCCUCACACAUGGGUUUAAAGACGAUGAGCAGCAGACAGGCGGUGAACCUCGACUACCUGCACUACCUGCGGCAGGCGCUGUUGAACCCACUUCAGAGGCACGGAGCGGAGGGCGCCACCCAAGCUGUGAAGCUGCUAGACGACUAUCAGCUCAUCAAGGAAGACGUGGACAGCAUCAUGGAGAUCAGCGUCUGGGGCGGACAGCCAGACCCCUACUCCAAACUGGACUCCAAGGUGAAGGCAGCAUUCACACGGACCUACAACAAAGAUGUGCACCUGACGCCGUACUCCCUUCAAGUAGUGAACAAGGGCCGUCGUGGUGGUGGUGGUGGCGGCGGGGGGGAGUCGGAGUUGGGAGGAGAGGAGGUGGACAACGAAGCGCAACAGUCUGAGGAAGAGGGAGACAGCCUGAAAACUGACGCAAUGAUCAAACAAAAGAAGGCCAAAGCCACGAAGGAGACAAAGAAAGAGAAGAAGGAAGAUUCUGGGAAGGGCAAAGGAAAGGGCAAAGGCAAGGGAAAGAAAUGACCGAUGACCACAGGAGGAGAACAAACUGCCGCCUUUUGCCUCCACAGACUCUAAUGUCUUUCUCUGCACUUGCAACGAUCCUUUAAUGAGCAUCAGGAGGCCGUUAAACCGGUCUUCACCUCUGCAGGUAAUUCAUCUGUCUCGCAUCCAAACAGGUUAACGCCUACCACACUAGGAAAUGCCAUUCCUCUUUUUAAACUUCCUGUCAUGUUUCUGUCAGAACCCCGUACCGAACAAAUGAUGCAUAUUAUCUGCUCUUUCCAUCAUCAUGUCUGUACACCUCUGUAUUAACAUGUGUCUCAACAGGAGUGUAGUGCAUCUCCUCUGCAGUCUGUUUGUGAUUCAAGUGUUGAGGCUGUAAAUAAUGUGACGUAAAAUACUGUUACUUUUGCUACGACCACGGUAGAGAAAUGCUUUAGCACCACAGUUAGCGCUGACGUCCCUGUAAAUUGCAAUUUUGUAAAAAUGUCAUGAGGAUUAAUAGAGAACUAUGUUGCUCAUGAGUGUCUGUCUUUUUUUUUUUAUUACAUAAAUAAAGAGAUGUGCUAUCCAUG